AUGACAACUCUACAAACACAAAUGACAGCUAAUACGCAAAAUACUAACAACGAACAUAUGAUAACAUUAUCAAUAAACACUCACGAUGAAAUAAAACCUCAUUCAUAUCGGUAUUUUGUACCAGAUGCUGAACUUCUUUCAAUACCUGAUGAAGAAGAUGAAGUCGAUAUAGAUGAAACGAUAGAAUAUGAAAAUCCAGAAAAUAUUCUACCACUACCAAUUUUAACAACUGAUGAUAGAUCAAUACCUGUUCGUCCAUUGUCGAAUUUUUCACAAGCUGCUACUACAUCAGUUUCAACGAAAAAAUCUCAUUCUCGUUCAUAUAAAUUUGUUCAAUUAGAACAAUCUCUUAUAUCAGCAAAUCUUUUAGAAAAUAAUCAAGAUCGACUUAAAUUUCAAGUUGAUUAUCGUGAAUCAUUACGUAAAAAUAAAUUUGAAGAAUUUUUAAAAAUAUAUCAUAAAAAACUUGAAGAUCAUAAUGAAAAAAUUAAACAAGAAUAUCAAAGAAAAAUAUCACGAACAUUUGGUUUUCUUGAUUUAGAGAAAAAUUUUCUUGCACGUUAUCCAACACGUGAUAUUAAAAUUAUAUUUAUUGAUGAUCCAAUAACACCUACAACACAAAAAUUGACGUAUGUUAAACAAAUCUUAUUUGAAUUCUAUAACUACUAUUCGUUUCAAAAUAGAAUGUACCUGACUGUAAAUUGAAUAACUUUUGAUA